UUUGCUUAAGAAAACUUCGAUUUUUAUUCACACGCAACUUUUCCAUUCCUCAAAAUCGUAUGUAUACAUUGACGUACAUAGAUCAAUCAUCGAUAGGCCAUAUAUAUUUAUCAGAUUCAAAACUUUCAGGAUUUAUAAAUUAUGCAUUGCAUAAGAUUGCUGUAAAGUUCGCGUUAUCAAAAGGUCGCGGUAAACGCAGCCUUUAAUAGGUGCAGCGUGACAUUGGCGUGUUAUUAUAAUCUCAAAUUAAUCUGUAUAAAAAAAAUUUGAAAAAAUAUAUCAUAUUAAUCGCAGAAGCGUUAAGCUAUCUUACGUGCGAUCGUUCACCUAUAACUGGAGACCGGAUCGAAAGUGUAAUUAGUCCGAGCAAGACUUUAAUUAACCAAUGCAAUUAGAUAGAGGCCACAAUGCAGAAAGUCUUUUUCCAAUUCAGCUAACAACCCGAAUGGCUAAAACUUGGCUAGUUUAUUAUUCGCCCAAUCUACUAUCCCACAGUUGUAUAUAUUUCCAAGAAACCUUCAAGGUCGCAGUGCUUAUAAACUGUAGAAAGAUGCCAUCUAAAGGAUAUAGCGUGCAGACUUCGCUGCUACGUUCAUAGAGGCUAAAGACCCUUGAAUUAAUUUUCAAAGAAACUCCAGGUUCCCCAAACGUUUACCAGGUCAAGUCGCAUAAUGAUUUAUGAAAAAUUUCGAGUAAAAAUGAACCAUUCACACUUGGUAACAACUGCCGCAGAGUUUUCAGGUCAAAGUAGCAUGAGAUCGCACGAUAAGUCUUAUAGAAUAUUAUUAUAACAAGCAACCACUGCAGGUAGACCGAUGUUAUCGUGCAAAGACGAAGUAACUCGGUUAAUUUUCGUAUACGAAUAAUAAUCCACUUUAUGGAAUGCAUAUAGAAAUAUCGCCAGUGAAAUCCAAGUGUCUAGCGUUCACAGUAAAACGAUAAAUUCCCAUGUAACUUCCUCGCGAAAUUACUCGGCGGCUGCUAAUGUACUGUGGCUUAUAUAUAUGCACAAGGUAACCAAUGCUCAGUACGGUAAGGGAUGAAUCGUGCCAAGAAAAAGAGCCGUAAAGGUAGUUCACAGCGCAGGUCUGGUACAUAGAGGUUCCUGGAGUUCUGAAACUCGUGCGCCCCGACAUCUACCCGUAGGAAAACUGGAUGCCUCGAGUCACGCAAGACGUCGCACCAGGUCCGGCCACCCACGGAAUAUUCUAAGAGUUGAUUCAGUCAGUCAUCGAAAUGAAGUACAGCGUGUGGUUCCUGUCGGCGCUUCUCCAGCAGUUCCUUUUCCUUGGUAUCCUUACACCGGUUUAUACCCAGAGGACCCAUGCGAGACAAGGAAUCAAUCGUGAGGCCCCAAUCGUACAAAUACCUGAACAAGGAACUCUGAUUGGCAAAGAGAUAUUCCUAACCCGCACACAAAGGGUUCUGCAGUAUCUGGGUAUCCCGUAUGCUCAACCACCGAUAGGCCCAGGACGAUUUUCUGCCCCGAUUACCAACCCGUUACCAUCCUGGAGAGGAAACAGAACAGCUACCCAGUUUGGACCGUCUUGCCAGCAGGUUUCCGGCAAUAAGAAACUCCAUGAGAUUCAUUAUAUACAGCUGCUUCCACCUGACCAGCCAGAUCCUGGAUUCAGCGAGGACUGUCUGUUCCUCAACAUCUUUGUUCCUGACGGAAACCGACCCCCUGAUGGAUGGCCCGUGAUGGUCUGGUUUCACGGUGGCGACUUUAACACCGGAACGCCUGCUAUUUGGGAUGCAUCGAUUUUCGUCACCAAGCAGAAGACAUUGGUCGUCACGGUAGCUUACAGACUGAAUAUCCUGGGCUUCUUUACUACAACGGAUGCUGCGGCACCAGGGAACUAUGGUAUGCUAGAUCAGAUAGCGGCUCUGGAUUGGAUCCGCAAGAACAUUGAAAUAUUCGGGGGGUCAUCGUCGAACAUUGUAAUCUACGGUCAUAGUUCAGGAGCCAUUAGCGUAGGACUCCACAUGUUGAGUCCAUUGAGUAGAGGAAAAUUUUCAAAAGCAAUAGCUCUAAGUGGUGACGCCAUAGGUUCGGUACGUACACCGGAAGCUGAGGAACCGGUAGUUGACCUUGUCGCAGAUAAAUUUGGUUGUAUCCGACGACCUACGUACAAACUUAUGGAAUGUCUACGGCGAACUGGUGCGGAACUUCUAGUGCAAGUCUCCUCGGAUAUUGAAACAUGGGGCCCAAUUGUGGACGCAGAGACAACAAAUUCAUCAGACCCAUUUUUACCAGAACAUCCUAAGGAUAUACUUGACAGUGGUAAUUUCAAUGCUGUACCGCUAUUGACUGGAUUUACAAACAACGAACAAGCUUUGGUUUAUAGCCAAGCUAUUGGCGGUGAUGGUGGAAUUAAUUUGAUGAAAUUCGAAUCUCUGAUCGAAGAGGAAAUCACAGCCGCCAUACAGAUGCCGGAUGAGAAUAGUACUUGUGAAGUGAAGCCACAUUUGGCGGUAGAUGCUGUUCUAUUCUUUUAUCGACCACACCCACCUAAUCAAAAUCCUGCAGUACUGAGGGAUAAAUAUUUGGAUUUUCAAACAGAGAAGAAUUAUGCAUCGGGAUUGACGCUAAUGGCUGGAAAACUCUCAAGGAAAGAACAGGCUUUUGUAUAUAGAUUUGAUUACAGACCCAGGACGGUAUCAGUUACGAAAAACGUAUCAGAAUGGGCUGGUGUACCUCAUAUGUUUGAGUUGCAAUUUAUUUGGGGACUUCCGUAUACUGUUGGUAGUACUACACAAUGGAAUGCAGCUGACAAGAAGAUGGCUGAUGUGAUGAUGACUAUGAUGACAAAUUUUGCAAAAUCUGGUAACCCGUCACAACCUAAUAUCAAAUGGGAGCCCUUUACUGAGAAUAAUCCUGGUAUACUUAUCAUUAACAGGAAUAUUAAUAUGAGUGACUCAAGUUCUGUGGAUUAUAAAGCUUUGGCUUUUUGGAAUGAAUAUUACCCAAUGGUACUUGACGAAGCUAUGAACAAUUGUUGCAACAUGACUGCAGGAUCUAUGUCCUUCGAUCACUAUUCUUACAAGAACAUUUAUUUACUGACCAGUAUUUUUGUUACGAUACUGACAAGUGCUCCUUUGUGAUUAGACGAAAGGACUCUAACAGAUAUCCUUUGAAUGCGAAACCAUAUCUUCUCUUCGAAUAGAGAUAACCACCUAGUUGAUGAAUGUGAGAAAAGCGUAAUAGUGCCCAUCUUUCUAGUUGUCAUCAUCUUUACCUGGAAGUAUUGGGAACCGAAUAAAUAAAAAAUUUAGUAACUUUGAAA